AUGGAUCCACUAAAAUUGCGACGUUUCAAGGCAAAUUUUCCAGAUGAGGUUCCGCUUACUUCUAAUGCAGACCUAAUGACUACAAUACGAUAUCAAUGCAUUUGUCCAGACGGCUUUAUUGGCGAGUACUGUCAUCUGACUGUAGAGGAGCAAAGUUGCGAGGAGGAUUACUGUAGUAGUCACGGUCAAGGCCAUUAUGAUCCGGAGGAUGGUUGCAAUUGUGAGUGUGAUCCAAAGGAAUGGAUUGGAGUAAGGGUCGGUGAUAUUCAUUAG